AUGUGUGACUUCAGCAAAUAUGGAAUCCCCAGCAAGGAAUGGCUGGAAGUCGAACAAACACUACCACCACGACAGGACAAAUCGAUCGAAGAGCUUAAGACAUCAAAUAACGCUACUAGAGAAGCGAGAGCAAAGGAAGAAAUGAAAGAGUUGCAAGACAAGGUGUCUCUAACAGACUAUUCGAUCCCUACCCGUGACGGAUCGCACCUAGAAGCACGAAUCUAUCGCCCCAAAACACGACCUACGGGAGAAGUUCUACCGAUUUAUAUGCAUUUUCAUGGCGGCGGAUUCUUAUUUGGUACACUCAGUUCUGAAGACUCAAUCUGUUCUCGCAUUGCGAUCAAUGUCGAGACUAUAGUAUGCAACGUCAACUAUCGACACACUCCCGAACACAAAUAUCCGACAGCAUGGAAUGAUGCAGAAGAUGCUCUCAUCUGGGUCUGCAAUAAUCACUCGAUGUUUGAUGGCGAUCAUCAAAAACUGGUUAUUGGAGGAAUAUCGGCAGGAGCCUGGUUGACUGCCUCGCUUGUGCAGACGGUUCUACGAGGCGACAUUACGUUGACACCUGAACCCACGAUUCUCGGACAGGUUCUAAUGAUUCCAUGCGUAGUAAGCACACCAUGCUAUGCGCCUAUACUGGAGAAAGUAUUGGAUCCGAGUUUGUCAUCCUAUCAACAAGCCAAAGACGCACCUAUUUUGAAUGAGAAGACGAAGUCUCUGUUCAAUAGUCUGUUACAAGUGCAAAGCCCCGACCCCAACGAUCGAAAAUUGAAUCCCGGUCUUCUCACCGCGCACGAGGCUAGCCGUCUACCACCUACAACACUAGGUAUUGCAGGAAAUGACCCUUUGAGAGAUGAGGGACUUUUGUAUGGGAAAUUCCUUGCUGAAAACGGAGUACCAACAAACACAAACGUUUUCAAAGGCUUGCCUCACGGUUUCCGGCGUUUCGGCGAUAAGCUAUCAGCAUGUAAAAACUGGGAUUUGGUCAUAGAAGAUGGGAUCCGCUGGGCAUGGAGCAAGCCGUCGGCAUCUGGAAAAUUCAUAAUCAAUGAAUACUAG